ACCAAUUACUUAUCGCAUGUUAGCAAAUUCAUUGUUAGCAUUUAGCAACAAAUUAAAACAGCCUGUAGCAUUCAUUGGUUAGCGAGCUCGUGGUGUGUUGCGCAUGGACUGAAGUAAUGACUCCACGAGUUUACCGAAGAAAAGUAAAGCUAGUUAGCCGAAACGUUAUCAGCUUCGGCUCAGUUUCAACUUCAAGCUGAACAAUGUCAAGCUCAAUCAAGCAGAGGCAUCCUUUGCAUAAAGUGACUGGGUGGAGUGCCAACAUGCAGAGUUUGGUGGUGCAGGCACUUGCCAUGAGGCAGCUAGGAAGGUUGAACCCCCGCCAUCUUCUGGCUGCUGGAUAUGCACUGGGGCAGACUGAAUGGUGUCCCAGGACCAUCCACACACGCCAGCUGUGGGGCUGCUCGGCUUUCCCCGCCCUUGGCUGUCACAGGCCUGCUCUCCGUGGCAGAGAUGCUGUCAGGGGCUGGUCUGUUCAUCAUCUGAGGUUUAAAAGCAACAAGAAGAAAGGUGCUGCUAGGACAGCACAGGCGGAUGAGGAGGAAGAUGAGGAGGAGGAGGAGGAUAAAAAAGACCCCGAGGACAGUGAUUAUGAAGAUGAGGUGGAUGAGAACCCAAAUCUACCAAGGGACUAUAAAGACAUGGAGAAAUAUGUGCAGUCUUUUCGCUAUGAUGUCAUCAUGAAAGUUGGCCUGGACAUGGCACGCAAUAAAAUUGAGGAUGCCUUCUAUAACAACAAGCUCAGGCUAAAUGGACAGAAACUCAUCAAGAAAAGUAAAACGGUAAAAGUUGGGGACACCUUGGACCUGGUCCUGUCUGAAAACCGAGAAAAAAACACUGUUACUCUGAUGAGAGUCAUCCUCCAAAGGGUUUUUGGUGAAUCCAGUACCACCGAAAAGUACAAAGUUGCCAUAAGGCGCUGGAAAUGUAUAGAGCUUUCCAAAGAUGAUGCCUUUAAACCAUGAACUUGAAAAAGACAGUAAUACCAUUUGCCAUUGAAGGCGACAAUAGUUGCAGAAAUGAAUGCCAUCAAAUGAGUGGCAUUUGAAUGGUCUCCAAAAAGUUGGCUCUCGUAUGGUUUACAAAGCAGUAAUGUAAAGGUUAACAGUUUUCAGUUGUAGACAUUAAAGGGAUGGAUUGGACAUUUUGAAGUGGGGUUGUAUGAGGUACUUAUCCAUAGUGUAUUACCUACAGUUUGGAGAAGCAGGCAGGAGGACUGACACAGAAGCAAAGCAAUGUACUGCUGUGGACAGGAGCAGUAGUAAAAACGUAUUUAGCCACCUAAAAAAAAAAAAUUUAGUUUUAGUCUACGCCAUAUUUUCAUUAUUUUACCUUGCUGUCAGACAGCCUAUCCUUUGGCACUGCAUUUUCUCACAUUUACAUACAUUUUUCCGUGUAACUUCCGUAUUCCUAUGCAUAAACGCAACUGUGCAAAGCCCUGUAUUCCGCCCCAGAUCAGCUGUUUGGGUCAGACUUUCAGCGGUUUGUGGAAGACAAGUACAAGAAAAUAAGUGAUAAUGAGUUGAUUAGGACAGCAAUGAUGGAAAGCCUUUUACUUUGGAGAUGAGAGAGAGAGAGAGAGAGACUUUGGUGGAAAUUAAAGAGCCGUAGCUAAUACACUAUACUGACUAUGGAUAAGUACCUCCUAAAACCCCACUUCAAAAUAUCUGAACUAUCCCUCUAAGCAGUUGGGAGAAAGAUUUUUAAUGUUGACCUUUCCCCGAUACACUGUGAGACCU